CAAUCACGUCUGAGGACGAGCAAAUAAAAAUGAAACUUGUCAUGGAGCAGAUCAACAAGCUUUUCGCAAAGCUCUCGGAUCUCAGAUUUGACACUAGCAUACCAAUCUACGCCGUUAGCUUUUUGCUCACUAUCUACGCCUCAUAUAUCGUCUGGCUUAUUUGGUUCCACCCUCUUUCUCAUAUCCCAGGACCCAAGAUUGCAAUCGUCUCGAACUUGUUCUACAGUCGAACCAUUGUGAGUGGCCAUUCUCCAAGGAUUGUCAAGUCUCUACAUGACAAAUACGGAGAUGUCGUGCGUUGGGGCCCAAAUGAAGUCUCUUUUGCUUGCAAAGAGGCUUGGAAGGAUAUCUAUGACCGAAGAAAGGACGGAAAGAUUUUGAUCAAAGAUCCCCUUUUCUACCGGACUGACGAUACAAUACGUGCGAAACACAUCGUCAACACGCACGAUCCUGCAGAACAUGCCGAGAUGAGAAAGAUGAUGGCUUACGCUUUCUCUGCGAAAGCUUUGCUCGAGCAGGAACACCUUAUCAAACACUACGCUGAUGACCUUGUAGAAGCGGUGAGGGAAAAGGGGGAUUUGGGUCCCAUCAAUCUGGUUGAAUUUUUCAACUGGACGACAUUCGAUGUACUUGGGGAGCUGGCCUUUGGAGAACCGUUCAAUUCGCUGAAGAACCGAAAGACAGACUCGUGGAUCUCCAUCAUCCUUGACUCGAUCAAGUUCAACGCCUGGGACGUAGCCAUAUGGAAGUUGCCGAUCGUCCCAUAUUUUCAAUACUGGUUGACUCCGAAGCACAUCCGCGAAGGUGGCAUCCGCCAUGCCAUCGAAUCCAAGGAGAAGAUCUUGAAACGUGCAGAGAAGGGUUCGGACAGGAUCGAUUUCGUAUCGUACAUUCUCGCGAAGAGAGAAGAGUUGAAGAUCAACGAUUGGCAACUGGCUGCACACAGCAAUGCUUUGAUCGUCGCCGGAUCUGAGACAAGCGCUACCGUGCUGAGCGGGCUGCACUACUACCUCCUCAAGAAUCCUGCUGCUUACGACAGGCUGCGGACCGAAGUGCGUUCCGCCUUUAGCAGCGUUGACGAGAUCAACGCAAAAGCUGCCGAAAAGCUGCCGUACUUGACGGCGUGCAUCGACGAAACGUUCCGCAUCUAUCCUCCCAUUCCGAUUGCGAUGCCCCGGGUGACGCCAAAGGGCGGCUGCACGAUUGCAGGUCACUUCAUUCCAGAAAAUACAACCGUGGGCGUCCACCAGUGGUCGGUGACACAUAAUCCGAAGCAUUUCAAAGACCCGGACUCGUAUCGACCAGAAAGGUGGCUUGAGAAAUCAGACGACCUCGACGCAAGCAAACCGUUCUUGACAGGCCCGCGUAUGUGUAUGGGCAUCAACAUGGCCUGGAUUGAGGUUCGGAUCCUGAUGGCGAAGUUGACUUAUAUGUUUGAUUUCGAAAUCGUGGAUGAGUCGCUGGACUGGUACGAUCAGGAGUGCUAUACCUUAUGGCAGAAGCCCGACCUUUUUGUUAAAGCCACACCUGCGCGUAGAUAG